AUGAUAAUGGAUGUCGAAAGCAUUCUUGAUGAACGCGUCGACCAGUACGAUUUAGAGAGAUUCCGUGAGGCUUACGAAACACAGUGUCGACGAGGGCCUCCCAGUGCUAUUGCCACGUUCAACUACGGAACUGCGCUCAUACGCUCGACUAAACAAGAUGUCGCAGAGGGAAUCAACCUUUUAGAAAAGCUUUUGAGAGAGGAACCUGACGAUGUGAACAAGAGAGACUAUGUCUACUUUCUUGCUUUGGCAAAUGCCCGUAUGAGG